AUGAGUAAUGAUGCACCGAUUGAAACUCGUAAGUUCAAGAACAAGAGGAUUCGCUCUCAGCAUCCUCUAUCUGAUUUCAUCGGGAAGAAGAAUCAUGUAAGCCAUCCCUUAGAAGAAAGGCCAAUAGAGAAUGAGAAAAAAAAAACUGUGAAACCAAUUGCACGGAUAAGUAAGAAGGAUUCGACUAUAAAAAAAUUCAUUAACGUUUUUGAAAAAAAUGAAAACAUUAAUAUUUGCUCAGAACCGGAGGAGUACGACGAAAAAGUUUUGAACUUAUUGCGUGCCCUGAAGAGAAAUUUUGAUGUCAAGUAUAAGAAAAACGAGAACAAAGCAAGAGCGCAUCGUGUAAUGGUCGCUGGAAUUCAUGAGACCGUGAAACAUUUGAAGAACGAUAGCAUAAAAGUUAUUUUUAUUUCAAGAAAUGUUGACGAAUCAGUAAAAAAUUGGUUUGGAAAGUCUAACUUCUUUGAAAUGUAUCACACUGCUAUUCAAAAAGGAGUUCCUGUGAUUCAUUCGAAUACGAAGAAACAAAUGAGUACUGCUAUCAAAAAGUUUCCUUAUAUCAACGUUAUCGGGUUGAUGGCAUUCCCUGGCUAUGAGUCGUUGUUUUCCGAGAUCAACCAGGCUUGGAAAAACAGUCGUUCUCAUGUCUUAUAUCACAAAGACCAAAGUUCUCUUCUUGCAUAG